AAACUCUUUCAAACAAGAAUGGUCACAGUGAGGGUCUUUCCUGUUCAUUCACAAGUUUCUUUUUCUUUUUUGAAGUAAAGUUUUAGUAAUAAAUUAGUUUGAGUGGGUGAAAUUAUAAAUAGAAGACCAAAAUUUCAAACAUUUGUAAACUUUGUUCAUUAUUAAAGAAAGAUUUCUGAAUACGAAUGGUAAAAAGCAACAAGAAAGGAAAUUUGUCAGAUACAGCGAGCAUUCAUUUGUUCAAACCACCAUCAAGUCUGGUCAACGGUCAAUCCUACGACAACAAUUGACCGGCACCUGGCGUUUCGUAUUGUUGUGGCUUUGUAUUUACCUGCAGCAGUGGGUGGACGAGGACAUUCCUCUGGCAUUAAAUUUGAGUGAGACGAACACCAACAAUCUCGAACUUUCUUUCGUAUAGUUUUAGUUUACGCUAUUGUUGGGAGUAAAUGGAUGAACAAUUGAGGUUGCUAAAAGUCAUUGUUGUGCAAGGGAAAAGAUUAGUGAUCCGGGAUUUCAAGAGCAGUGACCCUUAUGUUGUUGUCAAGCUGGGGAAUCAGACAGCAAAGACCAGGGUCAUCCAUUGUUCCUUGAAUCCUGUUUGGAAUGAAGAGCUGAGUUUCACUCUGACCGAACCUUUUGGACUUCUGAAUUUGGAAGUGUUUGACAAAGAUUUUCUGAAGGCUGAUGACAAGAUGGGGAAUAGUUAUCUGAAUCUUCAACCAUUGAUGUCUGCAUCAAGACUAAGAGAUAUUUUAAAGGUGUCCUCUGCCUCUGGUGAGACAACAUUGAGGAAGGUGACACCUGACACUGAAAAUUGUCUUGCUCGUGAAAGCAGUAUCAGUUGUGUUAAUGGUGAAGUGGUACAAAAUGUUUGGUUAAGGCUUCGUGGGGUUGAGUCUGGGGAGCUACAAUUGACCAUCAAGUUGAUCACUUCCUCAAAUUAAUGUAUAUUGCAACUUUUUUUACUCUUUUGAUCAACUCUUCAUAUUCAAAUUAAAUUGCUUGCAUUCCAUUGCAGCAUAGUUUAGUUUUGAAGCUGCAUAUUCAAAUGAAAUUGUUUGCAUUCCCUUGUAUUGGAUCACAGAUUAGUGGAUGAAAAGCUAGUUACUUCACCCUUCUUAUAUUAGCCAUGAACAACACCUCUUUCACAUUUCUGAUUUUGGUGAUUUGUACUUAAUGGAACAGAAAUGUAAAUUUAACAAGUUUAUAAGUCAAAUAAUUUACGUACA